GUGACCCGCGUGGGCACCAUCUUGGCGUCCAACACCAGCUCCAUAUCGAUCACACGGAUUGCAUCAGCCACCAGCAAACCGCACAGAGUGACUUACGAGUCCGCGCGGUCGCUGGCGCAGCAUCUGGGCAAGAGCGUGUGCGUGUCAAUGGACCGGCCGGGUUUCCUGGUGUAUCGUCUGUUGAUGCCCCUCAUCAACGAGGCGUUCUUCCUGCUCAGUGAGGGUGUGGGUACGGCAGAGGACAUCGACCGGUCCAUGCGGCUGGGAACCAACAUGCAGUCUGGACCGCUAAGGACGGCGGACAACAUCG